GAUAGUGGAGAGGGUGGUUCCAUAGGUGGGGGUGCUCCUCAACCAUAGACCAGCAGUCAAUACUUGUUUUGGUUUGAUCCCACUGGCAUACUCUUCAUAUACACCUCAGCAUCCCACCGUCCCCACAGGCUUUGCUUUCUGAAUUUUGUGAUAAGAAUUUAGCAAGUGUAGUAGGAGCAGGAGUAGCCCAUCUGAGAAGCCUUGAGUGGCCCUCCCUCCCUAUUAAAGCAGCCCAAAAGCCCCCUCUCCCCAACAUCCACAGCUCAUUCUACAAAUGCAACGUAGAGAAGUUGUUUGUCAUCUUCAUCUUUAACAUUAGUGUACUUGAGAAAAGAGAGUUCUGCUGCUGCAUUAUUGCUGUCUCCUUGCAGAUUUGGUCUCAUUUCUUACACAGCCAUUUAAUGCAUGGUGGGUGGGGAAGAAGAAAGGAAUAACACGGCCUCAUUAGUGAUCCAGCAAGCCCACAGCCUAAAUUCUCCAUGAUCUUGAAAGAAAGGUGAGGUUUUUAUGUGCCCCAACUUAGAUAGAAAUUCAUCUAGAAUUCCACAAUUUCUGGAUGGGCGUUGAUAAAUUGGAAAGCUAGGAAUUGGGUUUUUUGAGAGGGUGAAUAAUUCAGAGACCCAAAAUCCAUUUUUGUUGAAGAGGAUUGAUUAAUCAUCAUGUCUGCAAAGGUUGAAGUUUGUGGUGGUGAAGAGUUGGCAGUGAUUGGAGGAAGGCCUGUGUUGCAACCUGCAUGCAACAGGGUUGCCAGAGCUAAUGAAGCCAACAAUGGGAAACCCAUGAUCAGGAAGCCUAUUAAGCCUCCUCCUCCUGCUCCUAAGCCUGUGCUUCCCACGAAGCUCCAUUGUAAUCAGAAUGUUCCUUCAAAACCUCAGUCAAAGUCGCCUUCUAGUUCUCCUCCUCUAAGCCCAUCUGCAAAGACUGGUCUCCUUACAAUUCCAUCAAAGAAUGCAGUCCCUAGAAUUCAGUCCAAAUCACCAGCCAUUUCAAAGCAAAAUGCAGUGGAAGAUUCACCUGCUCCUCCUUCAGAUACAGUUUGCAAAGAGGCCUCACCUGCGCCAACCCUCAAGCUUUCACAUUCACAAAGCAAGAACAAGCCUGUGAUCAAGCCUUCUUCCCAGAGGACCCUGCUUAAGAGAGCCAAUGACACAGGCUCAUUUAACGUGAGCGCAGAUAAACAGAGUGCCAAUGAAGCAGUCACACCUAAGGCAGCCAGUCCGAAGGCUGCUUCUUCUGUUGCAAUGAAAAUCAGCAUCGAUGGAAGGAAGAAAUCUCGGAAAUUAGAAGCCACCGAGGCCUCUCUGCUGUCUACAAAGCCUCCUGGGAGCUUUGCUGCAGCAAGGAAGGCAGAAAUGUCUGAGAUUUAUGCUCAGAGGAAGCUAAAGAUUGCACAUUAUGGCCGAAAACAAGGAAUGCCCAAGGCUGAAAAAGUUGUACCAGAAGAGAUUGCUUCUGCUGCUGUACAUUCUGAAGAUAUCAAGAGAUGCAGCUUCAUUACAUCACAAAGUGAUCCAGCUUACAUAACUUAUCAUGACGAGGAAUGGGGUGUUCCUGUCCAUGAUGACAAACUUCUUUUUGAGCUAUUGGUUCUAAUGGGUGCACAAGUGGGGAUGAAUUGGCCCACAAUAUUGAGCAAGCGCGAAUCCUUCAGAGAUGCAUUCGCUGGAUUUGAUCCUGCAAUUGUGGCUGGCUUCAGUGAAAAGAAAAUUGGAUCAAUCAGUGCAGAGCAUGAUAUCAUGGACGUCGCUAAAAUCAGAGGAAUGGUAGAGAAUGCCAAGCAAAUUCUUGAGAUUGUACAAGAAUUUGGCUCAUUUGACAAAUAUAUAUGGAGUUUUGUCAAUUACAAGCCUAUAGUGAAUAAGUACAGGCAUGGAAGGCACAUCCCUGUGAAGACAUCCAAAGCAGAAACAAUCAGCAAGGAUCUAGUGAAGAGGAACUUCCGCUUUGUAGGACCAACUAUCACAUAUUCCUUCAUGCAAGCUGCAGGCCUCACUAAUGAUCAUCUUGUUAACUGCUUUAGACACGAAGAAUGCCUUAGACUGUCAGAGCAAGGCAGCUGCAACUAGAUUUUUUUCUAGUAACCAGUGUUUCACAAAUAUUAAGCUAACUAUAAUGCUUUUUAGUAGACCUAAAGAGAUAAAUUAUGAAAGAGGCUGCUCUGAUGAAGACCCAGCUCCAUAUGCUAAUGAUCAUUUCCACUGACCCGGUGAUAGCAGCAGUAGUUGGUGUGUAUCUUUGGAUUGACUUCUUUGUAUAUGUGAAGUGUUGUACUCUAUACAAAACUAAAAACAAAUAGCCUAUAGAAUGCUGUAGAAACAUAGGAGUAUAGACAAAGGCUUGGGCUGUGUUUCCUUUAGGACUUGGAAUAUUUCACAGUUUUACAUUCUCUCUAUUCCCACCACAUGUUGGAGAUUUUCUAUUAGUUUCCUUUGUUGUCAUGGUGGUGAUGGAGUAGCAGUGCCAUUUAACUUGACUACUGAGAAAAUGACUUUAUUGUUAUCUGUUUGAUUAAAGAAAUGGUUAAUCAUGUUUCAAUGAAUUAUUGGUUUUAACACAA